CCUCCCUCUCCGCCUGCGGGACCGUCGCGCGCUGCAGGCUCUCAGACCUCUGCUCUUCUCCCUGAAGGACUUCAGCUCGUCAGCUGGCCGCGAUGCUGCCCAGCGUGCUCGCUCCCUGUGUGCUGUGUCCGGCUCUGCGCGCGCCCCGGGCCGCCCCUUCCUUUCUGAUGGAGGAGCUCCUGCGCAUCUCUCCGCCCUCCGGCUGCACCGGCUCGGCUCCCGGACCCAGGGCCUCUCCGCCGGCUCCGGGGGCCACCAGCCUCAGCCCCCUCAACCCCGCCCACAGCCACUCGCCCCCGGGGCCCAAAUGCAGCGGCUCCCCGCGCGCGGGCGAGCAGGGCUACCUAAAGUUUGGAGUGAACGCCAUCCUGGCACCUUCUACCAGGAACGCACCGUCUCCACCUGCAAUCCAUGGCAUGGCCAAAGAAUUCCCUUUCCCUUACUUCCAUUCCUCAUUCCACCCAUUCAUCAGGACUUCUUAUUUCCCAGCGCCGACCUCGGUGGUUCCUAUCCCCGGGACCUUCUCGUGGCCGCUGACCGCUAGGGGAAAGCCGAGGAGAGGGAUGCUGAGGAGGGCCGUCUUCUCGGACGUGCAGCGCAAAGCCCUGGAACGGAUGUUUCAGAAACAGAAGUACAUCAGCAAACCGGACAGAAAGAAGCUGGCUGCCAAACUCGGCCUGAAAGACUCACAGGUGAAAAUAUGGUUCCAGAACCGCAGGAUGAAAUGGAGGAACUCCAAAGAGAGGGAGCUGCUGUCCUCCGGGGGCUGCCGGGAACAAACUCUGCCCACGAAGGCCAACCCCAACCCGGACCUGAGCGAUGUGGGUGGGACGAGAGAGAACCACGGUGGGGAGAUUAUGGCGAGUCCCCCGGCGGAGGGAUCAGACUUGCCCCCAUCACCCUAUAGCAGCAAACACACAGACUCCUCAGACUCCGAGGAUGAAGAGAUCACUGUGUCAUAACCACACACACACACACACACUCACACCACUGCGUCUGAUAGAGACACUUUAUCCAGAAUGUUCCGUUUAGAUGCUGAACAGGAGCCGCCAGUGAGCCUGAGAGGAAUGUAUGUGUUGACACUGCUGUUGAAGAUCUGCUGUUAUUUCAUUUUAUGUACUAAAUCAGUUUUUAAGGGGCAGCUAUACAUUAAGGUCAGUUUCAGCUUUCACACCUCAUAGCGCCCUUUGGAUGUAGAGCCAUCCAGGUGCUUUCUUCCUGAAUAUUAUUCAAGGACGCUACCAUUUUGGCACACUUCUUAGACUUAGUAUGCGGUUUCGGACGCAGGCCACGUUUCUUGGAGUAGCUAUUAAUUAGCUGCUUUUCUAAUUACUACUUAGCUACUUAAGUUUUCUAGCACGAGAAGUUGUAAGAGUCGCACGUGCUGUUUGGAAAGACAUUGAGACCGCUCAGCUUUGAGCAUUCGGGUUGCUGAGUCAAAGGAACGGCCCACACUGUGGCCUUUGCUGCUUUUUUUGCAGCCUUAAACGUUUGUACACUAUUUUUGUAUAAAUAUUUUUGAACGGUUUUUAUAUGGAAUGUUUUACAGCCUAUCAAGAUUCUCGCCUUUCCCUCUGUUAGAUUUUCCACGUUUAAUCUAAAGUAUGUAGAUGCUAAAUGUAUAACUUAAAAGUCAUAUAUUAUUUUG